CCCAGUCUUACCCGAUCACUUUACGGCAGAACACCGGUGUUAAUUUACGUAAAUGACUCCAUCUCUGUAAAUUAGAAGUGUUCCUAAUAAAGUUGAAAUUUCUUACAAAUGUUUACAUCUUUGUUUCUUUCUCAUGGAAAUCUGAGUCUGCACUGUUUGAGAUAUUAGCGCUUCGUUUAAUUUGACCUCUGCGGCUGCCGUUCAAACAAGAUGGUUCUGGAGAAGAAGAGCUCCGCCCGAGUGGAGGCAGGUCAGCGUAGGGUUCUGGAUGAAGCGACCCGGCAGAGGAGGCUGACCCGACAGCUGGAGGCUCUGGAGAAAGAUAACUUCCAGGACGACCCCCUGUCCUCCCUGCCUCCCCCAGGUCCUACGGCCCGUCUCCCAGCCUUCAGCGAGUCGGAGGAACCAGAGAAGAAGAAGAGGAAGACGAGGGGCGACCAUUUCAAGCAGCGCUUCAGGAAGAACUUCACCACGCUGCUGGAGGAAGAGAACCUGUCGGAGAGGCCGGAACCAAACUACCUGUCAGUGGUGGCCCCGCCCUCCUCGCUGCCGCCGCGUCACUUCUGCUGCGUCUGCGGUUUCCCCUCACACUACACCUGCACCACCUGCGGGGGGCGCUACUGCAGCAGCAAGUGUCUGAUCACCCACAGAGAGACCAGGUGUUUGAAGUGGACGCUCUGAGGACCAUGGAUGUCCUGUCCAGGACACUAAAUCUUUGUCCCAGAAAGUUGAUGUUCUGACUGUGGUCAGAUGGACACACACCUGUACAGGUGGAUUCUUCUCAGGUCAUGUUGCACCUUUUUAUUUUUGAUAAACGUCUUCUUUAAAGGACACGAUGAAGGUGUUCCCUCUCCAUGACGUUUUGACCCAUCACACCUGUGAAGCGCCACCUGCUGGUUAACUUUACCUAGGAGGACCUGGAUCUGUCUGAAGUCCCUCUCUGGAACUCUGGUCGGGUCAUCUUCUCAGAAUACCAUCUCAGGUUCAGGAGAAUCCAGCCCUGGUUCCGUCUGAUCCAGAACUGAGCAUGCUUCAAAUGUUCUGAAUAAAUUCAAUCCAAACUUCC